AAUACUUUAUUACUACUACUACUACUAUUAUAUUGCAGUUGAAACAAGAAGGAAUCAGACCCCAAAACCAAAACUUGUAUCUCUUUCAAUGGCGAAUGCGGCAGAGGAGGCUGUAGAUUUCGAGCCAGAAGAAGAUGAUCUGAUGGACGAAGACGUUGACGGCGGGUCACCGUCUAGGGCACAAAUACCAAAGCUAAAAUCAGCAAUUACUGGCGGUGGUUCAUCUGGUUCAAAGAAAAUAAAAGGUCGGGGUUUCCGUGAAGAGACAGCUGAGGCUGAAAGGAAUGCUCGUCUUUCUGCCAGAUUUGAUUCUCUCGACACCCAAGGUGGCCCUGGUCCUGAACGAUCCAUUGAAGGAUGGAUUAUUUUAGUCACCGGAGUUAACGAGGAGGCACAAGAAGAUGAUCUUCAUAAUACAUUUGGUGAAUUCGGGGAGAUCAAGAAUUUGCAUUUGAAUCUGGAUCGUCGUUCUGGAUUUGUCAAGGGUUAUGCACUUAUUGAAUAUGAAAACUUUGAAGAAGCAGAGAGAGCUAUCACUGAAAUGGAUGGGAAUGAGCUGCUCACUCAAACUAUACAUGUCGAUUGGGCAUUCAGCAAAGGUCCUUUUAGAAGGAGAAAUGCUAGGAGGAGGUCGCCACGUAGUCAUCGUUCUAGAAGUCCCAGGAGGAGAUUCUAAUUCAAUGCACAUCUUUUUGCAAGGAUCGUGUUGGUGCUUUGUUUAGCGUUUGGAGACCAAGCUCUAUGAAUUCCUGGUCUAUGCUGUAAUUCCAUGUGUACCAUUGUUGCUUUGCUGAGUUUUUCAUAUCUAUUUUCUUUAAUUAUCUGUUCCGUUAAAUCAGCUGUAAGUUAAUGCUUCUCGAGCUUGUCCGGUGUUGCGUACUUCCUGUUGCCUUUGUGAAAAUUUAGAUUCUUUUUUGAGAAUAUUCAGAACUUUCCAGUUA